AAAAUCGAUUGUUCAUGUGCAUGCAUGUGUGUACUUUACUGUGUACGUAGCCUUAAACUCGCGAUCUCGAGACUUAAGGAGGAGGUAAUGGAGUCCAAGACGCGUACAAAGAGUCCCGAGGAUCUUGCAGAGGGCAAAUACGAAAGAAUCUUUGUUUCAUCCUUAGUUCGCCCCGACGAAGUUGGCGUAAAGUUCGACAAUGUUGGCGCACUUGAUCACGUGAAGAAGGUGUUGAAUGAACUCGUUAUUCUCCCCAUGAAACGGCCCGAUCUUUUCUCCAGUGGUUUGCUAAGGCCAUGCAAAGGGUUGCUACUUUUCGGGCCGCCCGGGACCGGAAAAACCCUACUAGCAAAGGCACUUGCAACGGAAGCGGGAGCUAAUUUCAUCAAUGUUACAUCUGCAUCACUUACAUCUAAGUGGUAUGGGGAGGAUGAGAAACUUAUAACUGCACUCUUCUCCUUUGCUCGCAAGAUAUCUCCUGUAAUCAUCUUUUUGGAUGAGGUUGACGGUUUACUCGGUGGUCGUGGAAAAUCCAGCGAGACUAGUAGAACAAUCCGGAAUGAGUUUAUGAUGUUCUGGGAUGGAUUGACGUCGAACGACAGCCAUAGAAUACUUAUACUUGGUGCCACAAAUCGGCCUUUUGACCUCGAUGAACCUAUCCUUCGCCGCAUGCCUAGAAGGGUUUAUGUGGACCUACCAAAUGCAGAAAAUCGGUUGAAGAUACUUAAAGUACUUCUAACCGAUCAAGAAAAUUUGGAAUCCGGUUUUUCGUUCGAACAACUUGCGCAUGCCACUGAUGGUUAUUCGGGUAGCGAUCUAAAGAACCUUUGCGUUGCCGCAGCGUAUAGACCUGUCGAAGAACUACUACAAGAAGAGAGCAAGGAGGGUGGGAGAGUUGAUGGAGGAGUUUCAACAUUAAGACCACUGAAAUUGGAUGAUUUUAUUCAUUCCAAAGCAAAGGUGGGACCGUCGGUUUUGGAGAAUUCGUUCAAGCUGAGAGAAUGGAACGAUCAGUAUGGCGAAGGAGGAAGCAGAAGAAAACGACGAUUUGGUUUCGAUCUCAAUCUUAACAAACAAAUGUUUGAUGAUGAGAGAGCGAGGGAGAAAUAA